AUGAACCCAGCAGUACAACAGUGGGCGUGGACCGCAGGCCAAGUGGCCCUCAAAACGGCUCUUUUCCCCUUCACCCACGUUCUCUUCUACAUUGUGCUUUCGCUAUGGCUAGUCCUAAAACACACUGUGAUUGUGCCGCUCCUUCUCAUUCUUCGAAUCGCCCUCUUUGGCCUCGUCUACCUCCCGCUCACGCCUGUUCUCACCGUUGCCGACGUGGAAUACGACGAAACCACGUCUGUGGAGAGCCUGAUCUGGCAAUUGGCCGUCCACUUGGCGCCCCGCGUGGCGUUCUUCCUUAUCCACUUGCUCCACUACCUCAUCAUCGCCAUGGUCACGGGAGUCGUUGUGGGCUGGUUCACGGGGCUCAACAUGAGCGUGGUGCUGAAGGUGUUCACGCCGCCUCCCGUGGAAGAGAAGAUCCAGGAGGAGAUUGAUCGCAGCAGGGCUCGCAUGGAGGAGUUGAAGAGACAGCUUCCGCCAAAAGUAGAGUCCACGUUACGAGAGGCAAUGAAGCCAAAGAGAGAAAGCAAAGACGAAGAAGUCAAAGAAGAAGCCAGGGAGUCACCGAAGAUUAAGACAGAGCAGCCCGAGUCAGCGUUGGCGUCUCCACCAGAGGGGCCUGCUCAGUUGACCGUGGCUGAUAUAGUGCAAAACAUACCCAAGGUGCUGCUACAAAAAGGUAAAGUCGACUUCAGUGGGAACGGCACAGAGCUCGCGUACGAGGACGACGAUGGGUACAACUACAUGAGCUACCGCGGGAACGGCAACGGCAACGGGAAUGGCGACGAGGGCAGCUCGUGGAGCGAGGAGAUCGAGGCCGAGCGUGCGCUCCAGGUACCCACAAUCGAGGAAGAGUCCGAGGGGUCGAGCGAAGAAAUGGCCGCGGGCGAGUCUGGGGCCAAGGCAAUAAGUUUCUCGAAGCAGGCGCUGGAGCAGGCGCUGGAGCAGGCGCUGGAGCAGGCGCUGGAGCAGGCGCUGGAGCAGGCGCUGGAGCAGUCUGAAUCGGUAACCGCAGGGUCCAAAGGAGACUCCCCGGGGGACUCCAGGCAGGAUUCUGGGGAGACUGGGCCUGGGGUCGGUGGUGAAACACUUAGCCCGGUGUCGCAGUUCGCUGCGCUGAGCGAGAGGGGCGAGGCAUCGACCCCUGCGACCGAGGUCGACGAGAGAAAAGCUUGA